AUGAAUGUCGACCAGAAGGGCGCUGAAGGAGCUCUCGAAACUUCCUAUCGCACCUUUGCCCAACAACUCAACAAUUCCAAUAUUCGCUAUGAGGCUUUUGAUUUUCAUGCUGAAUGUAAAAAAAUGCGUUGGGAUCGUCUCAACAUCUUAAUCGAUCGUUUAGCACACGAACAAGAAGAAUUCUCCGUAUUCCAUAUACGUGAUGAUGGACGCAUAGUAUCCACUCAACAUGGAGUCUUUCGUACCAAUUGUAUUGAUUGUCUAGAUCGUACAAAUGUUGUACAGAGUAUGCUAGCACGUCGUUCUUUAAAUAAUAUUCUACAGAAAUUGGGUAUCUUGCAUGUGGGUCAAAAAGUCGAAUCAGCUUCACCGCAAUUCGAUUUGAUUUUCAAAGGUGUUUGGGCCGAUAAUGCUGAUAUGAUUUCAUUACAAUACUCGGGUACCGGAGCAUUAAAGACCGAUUUUACUCGCACAGGUAAACGUACUACGGCGGGUAUGAUGCAGGAUGGUGUUAAUUCGAUGACAAGAUAUUAUUUGAAUAAUUUUGCAGAUGGUUUUAGACAGGAUGGUAUUGAUUUAUUUUUGGGUCGUUAUACCGUGAAUGCCUCUUUGCCUUCGCCUCUGGAAAUUAAACAUUCAUGGCGUUAUAAUGCGUUCCCCUCGAUAUUAAUCUUCUCCAUAGCCAUGCUUUUCCUCACCGCUCUGGUACCUUCCGAAUUCAAUACCGAAAAUUUACUAUUCAUGUUAUUCUGGGGUGCCUUAAUCGGUGUCAGCAUCAGUGGUAUCUUCCAUUACGGUUUAGAAUUUGUAGAUUGGCCUCGGCUUUUUCGGCCCAUUAAAUUUCAAGCCUAACGUUAGUGGUAAUGGUGGUUUUCAUGAUAUUUUUCGUGUAUAGUUAAAUGAUGAUUGCCGAGGAUGGAUGAUGAUUCUUCUGUUUUCUUUUGACCCCUCCAAGUUUAAAAACAUACAACCAGAAAAAGCCUAAAAUAAUGUCCAAGCUAAAUAUAUAUAUUUAUCUGCGUUUAUAUCAAAUUUUUGCAAAUUAAUUAAACAAAAAAGUCUAAAGCGCCCAAAAAUAUAAAAAGCUGUUAAAUUAAUAAUAAAUCCUCAAGCUGGAUUAUUUACU